AUGGAGGAGCAAUACUAUGAUGACCACAGCAGUUCCAAUUUCAAAGAUAUCAUCCCCACUGCGAUGUCUUCCUUUUUCUCGGCCUAUGCCCCCUUUGCUGGUUACAUGUUUAUGCUCCAAUCCAUGAACACCAACUUCAUACCUUACGAGUUCAAAUCAUACGUAUACUCAUACCUAAAAUCAAGCCUCAGCUACCUCUUGGACCCUCAAGCCAAUCACAUAACUCUCUACGUCCAGCAAUAUGAGGCAGACAGCUGGAGCGAAAUUUCGCAGUGCAACCUAGUCUAUGAUGCUGCUGAGGUCUACCUUGCCACCAAGAUCAACCCGAAAACCAAAUACUUUCGAAUCAGCCAAGCACCGAAACAAAAGGUACCCAUGGUUGCUGUUACCACCAACCAAGAAAUCACUGACACUUUCGAGGAUAUCAAAGUGCAGUGGCGCAUGAUCUUCCCCGAAAGAUACAGUAGUGGCAAUAAGUGCCGCAUUGAGCUAACACUCCACAGGAAAUACAAAGACAAAGUUAUAAACUCGUACAUACCCUAUGUAUUGGCUCGGGCCGAGGCUAUCAAAGAUGCAGAAAAGACUCCAAAGCUUUAUAGUUACAAUAGUAAACAUUCGAAUUCGUCAAGAACUUCUUAUGGUAUGGAUGACGAUUAUGACUACAUACCUUCUUCGGACAAAUGGAGUUGCGUGGAUCUUGAGCACCCGGCUACUUUUGAGACAAUUGCAAUGGAGCCGGAGCUGAAAAAGGAGAUCAUAGAGGAUUUGGACAAGUUCAUGAAGAGGAGGGAGUUCUACAAGAGAGUUGGCAAGGCUUGGAAGAGAGGUUACUUGUUGUAUGGUCCACCCGGUACUGGAAAGUCCAGCUUGGUUGCGGCCAUGGCUAAUCAUCUCCAUUUUAAUAUUUAUGACUUGGAACUUACUAGUAUUUCCAGCAAUGAAGAGUUGAGGAAAGCCUUGAUGACUACUACAAAUCAAUCUAUUGUGGUCUUUGAGGAUAUUGAUUGCAGCAAGGCAUCCGUAAACCGGGAAUCAACAGAGAACAAGAACUCUAUGGUUUCCCAAGCCAAAUCCAAGUUUACACUGUCCGGUCUACUGAAUGUCAUCGAUGGUCUGUGGUCAAGCUGCGGUGAUGAGAGGAUUAUUGUGUUCACCACCAACCACAAGGAGCGGCUAGACCCUGCAUUGUUGAGGCCUGGUCGAAUGGACAUGCACAUUCACAUGUCUUACUGCACCCCUAAAGGGUUCAAGACCUUAGCCUCGAACUACCUUGGCAUUCAGGACACUAGCAAACAUCAGCUGUGUCAAGAAAUUGAAGGGUUGAUGGAGAGCACAAACAUCACCCCUGCAGAGGUUUGUGAGGAGCUUAUGAGGGGUGGGGGUGGUGACGAUGAUGAUGCUGAUAUUGCUCUUGAAGGACUUGUCAAUUGCCUCAAGCGUAAGAGGCUCGAGACCAACAAGGAAGAAGAGACUGGAAUAGCAAAGAGGCAGAAAACAGAGAAUUCUCUCAUUAUAAAACACCCAAUCAUAUGCUUCAACUCCCAACUCAACAUAUUUCCAAACCCUCAAGUCAGUAACACAAUGUUUACUCUCAAUCCCAAAGAUAUGUCAACCACAGCAUCCACAUUGUUCUCAGCCUAUGCCUCCUUUGCUGCAUCAAUGAUGCUGAUCCGCUCCAUUACAGACCAACUCUUCCCCUGCCAGUUCCGCUCAUACAUAUACUCAUUCUUCGGUCACUUUUUCACCACUCCCUCCUCAAACCUUACUUUGAUCGUUGAAGAGUGCUGUGGCAUGACACGAAACCAAGUCUAUGAUGCUGCGGAGGUGUACCUCCAAACAAAGAUCAGUCCUCUCACCGAACGCCUCAAAAUUAGCAAAACACCAAGGAAAAAGAGCAUUAGCAUUGCCAUGGAAAAAGGUGAAGAAAUCACCGACACCUAUAACAAUGACAUCGAAUUGAAGUGGCGCUUCACCGAGCCUGAGAAAAAACAGGACGAGUAUCACCCUGCCAAUGACAACAAGCGACGGUUUGAGCUAGUGUUUGACAAGAAACACAGGGACAUAGUGAUGGACUCUUACUUGCCCUAUGUUUUUGCUCGAGCUAAAGCCAUUCAAGAAGAGGAAAAAGUUGUUAGACUUUACACCCGGGAUUCAAGUCUAGGGGACGAUGAUGACAAUAACAGGAAUUCAAGCGGUUGGGGUUCCAUAAGAAUGGAGCAUCCAUCUAAUUUUGGAACAAUGGCGAUGGAUCCUGAGCUUAAGAGAAUGGUUAUUGAUGACUUGGAUAGGUUUGUCAGGAGGAGGGAGUUUUACAAAAGGGUUGGUAAGGCUUGGAAGAGAGGGUAUUUGUUAUACGGUCCACCUGGUACAGGCAAAUCGAGCUUGAUUGCAGCCAUGGCUAACUAUCUCAAGUUUGAUGUCUAUGAUUUAGAGCUUUCUAGCAUUCACAGUAAUUGUGAAUUGAGGAGGGUAUUGCUUUCUACAUCAAAUCGUUCUAUUCUGGUGAUUGAGGAUAUUGAUUGCUGCGCCAAAGUGCAAACCAGGGGAAGUGAACCGGAUCCACGGAUGUAUCAAGCUCAUAACAACAGGUUGACACUAUCAGGCCUACUGAACUUCAUAGAUGGUCUGUGGUCAAGCUGCGGGGAUGAGAGAAUCAUAGUGUUCACCACCAACCACAAGGAUAGGCUAGACCCUGCAUUGUUGCGUCCGGGUCGAAUGGACAUGCACAUUCACAUGUCGUAUUGCACCCCAAGCGGGUUCAGAGUCUUAGCCUCUAACUACCUCGGCAUUCAUGAAAGCAACCCUCAUCUCCUCUGCAGAGAAAUUGAAGGGUUGAUAGAGAGCACUGAGGUCACCCCUGCAGAUGUUGCUGAGGAGCUCAUGAAGAGUGAUGAUGCUGAUGUUACUCUCAAAGGGCUUGUCAAUUUCCUCAAGAAAAAGAAGGUUGAGAAUGAUAAAAUGAAGGAACAAGGGGCCGAGAAAACUGAAGAUCAAGAACCAGAGAACGAGCCAUUUCCGGAUGACAAUUUACCUGAUGUUUAUGGCUAUGGCUUUGGCUUAUUUGAUUGA